AACACUCGUGUAACUAUCCCUUUAGAAUCUACACCACAAGUUACGGGGUUAGUAAAUGACCCGACAGCACAGACAACUAUUCAACUGUCACUCAGCAGAUAAUGAUCUAUAUAACGUUAUUAACCUGUGUGCACACUACAAUAAUAGAAUACGUUAUAUCUUUAUGAACUGUUGUAGCAGUGUCAUAUAGGGUUAUGCUAGCAGUGAACGUCUUGGUGAGUUUAUAAUAGAGCACAUGAUUGAUGUUUAAUUUAUAAAGCUUUAAUUGGUUAAAUUUGAAUCCAAGCACCGAUCGUAUAGACGAAUGGAUUAUUGCUAAAUUGCGAUGAGAAAAGAUUUGCAUGCACGUAGUAUCUAUCUUAUAGAGUACCCUGGCUAUAUUGAUUGAACCUAACGUACUGGAAGACGAUUUGAAGUUUAAAAGAAGAGAUAAUCUAACUAUUGGAAGGAUAACAAAACGUCCUGGUUAAUUAAGAAGAAACGUAAAUUGAGAACACAAAACACACAGGGCAUUAUAUAUUGCACAGUAGGUUUCACGCGUAUGAGUUAAGAUUCAUUUGUAACUUUAUGGGUUAAAAUUGCCUGUACAGUUCAGUGGCUUUCAAACGUUUCAUUAUUAUUUAUGGAUAUAGAGUGAAGUGGAAAUAGAUAAAUCGGUUUAAUAUGCCACAGUGUGAAAAAGUGAUUAUAUUUUUCUUCUGGAUAUGGGCUGCUAUAUUGGAUAUUAAUUUUGCGAAUGAGGGAAUAUGUACACUGGUUUUGAAUGCAGAUGGUGAUUCUGAGCAGAUAGAAAUGAGGAGCAGGAACAUUACUGGUUUCUCAACACCGAGUUCGACAGUAUCGUUAUCCCGAGAACCAUGUGUCAACAAUUCCACCAUACAACUGACCAUCUUACCAGAAGAUAUUAAAGCGUUGAUAUUUCCGGAAAAGACCAAGGCUGAGUUGACGCUGGAUUUCCGCUACAGACUCGCGUUUUUCCGCAACUCCAGUCGCCUACAGACAUUACAGCGGUCCGUGCUGCUGACCAGGUCAAAAGAGUUUAAACAACUGAAUUGCUGGCUGCCAAUAUCAGUCCCCGAUCAUCUCCAUAUUGCCAUCAAUGUCAAGGCUGUCGGAGACGAAUACAACACAGUUGCCAGUUCAACAUUGGAUGUUGCUGACAAAGACAUCAACACUUGUAAAGAGGGAUGCCAGCCUAGUGACAUAAUGUUCAACCCAUCCUACCUGUGCUCGAAAAAUGGAACAUUUCAUCUCAAGCCGUCGGCACGAGUAUUACGCGUAACAUUUUCACCAUUUGGCAAAGGUCGAACUACACUUAAGCACUGGUCAGUUACCAAUUCAAGCAUAUCAUUUCAAUUUAACGACAAAUACAAUGGUGUUGGAAGGCUUGAGGUCUCAUAUAGAGAACUAAAGCGAGACUUCUACUGCACUUUAUACAGUGACGUCAGAAUAUUUUGUGAUCACGUGACAUCAAAACCCGACCCGCAGGACGAUACCGAAUCCUUCGGGACGUUUGUGAUAUUUGGCGUCAUCAUGAUGACGUGUUUAACGGCCAUUGUCGUUCUCAUCAUAGUUGUUGUGCAGAAACUAAGGGUACUCCAAGAAGCGUGUUGCAACAGCAGAGAUGGCAAUUUCCAAGAACGUCGCCGCCUUUCCAUUAUUCCCCUAGGACACCUGAAGACAGAUGAGAUCAUUAGAAACUCCAUCCUUAAGAAACACAAACCUGUCUCUGAUCCCGAGGGACAAUCAUUGCGUGGUCAUAGAAACGGAACUUCCGGUGAACACGAGACCAGCUUCCAAAGGAAUUCCACACGCAAGAGUUCACACAACAGGUUAGGAAGUGGCUCCUCCUGGACGUCCAGCAUUCGAUCACAAACAAGCUCAGGGUUACAAUCGAAGGCAUCCAGUGGUAAAAAGCUUCAACGAAGCGUUACACAGGCUAUGUUACAGGACCUGGACGAGAGCAAGUUCUCGAUUUUAUUGCUGACUCUCCCCUUUGACCAGUACACCCGAGACGUUACCGAACUUCUGCGGAACGUUUUGUCUAUUGAGGGUGGAAUUCCAAGCCAGUGCUGCUUCGAUCCCGAUGUUUUGAGCGAUUAUCAGACCAAUAGAUACGCUUGUAUUGAAGAGAUAACUGGUAAUACAAACAAAAUUCUGGUAUUUGUGUUUCUUACUACUCUGAGUUAUGGUACUAAAGAAGAAAAACUAAUACAUGAUUUGUUAAACCACUGUCUCUUAAAACAGAGAAUCAUUCCUCAAUGCAAGGUUGUUUUUCUUCACCUAACGGAUGACGAUAGCAAGCUAGACACAAGAUACCAUGGCCAGCAUAUUCAUCUGAAGCAUGAAAAUGCUUAUCAGAAAUUUCUCUCUGUGAUUUUACAGGAAUGUGGCAUAACUGUAGAUGAAAGAAUUGAGGACAAUGAAUUGCUUAAAAACAUGUUGUCGUGCAGUGCCUCAGAGCGUUUAUAUCAUUUGCUAUCUUACAAUGGCGAUAAGGAGGCAUGAGAAUUGUGGAAUAUCGUUUCUUACCUUGUUACAACUGUAUUAUGAAUGUAUUUCAAUGUCUUUCAAUAUUCUUGUGAUUAUUAUAUUCAUUCUUUGUUUGAAAAUGAAAAUACAUGUACCAUAAUUGUGAUAGCAUAAUGUGUUUGCAUUUAAUACUGACAAUCAAAAAUGACUUAUUCUACUGUGUUCAAGAAAAAUAAGAAUUAUGGACACACCAUUCUGUAAAUAUGUAUGUCCUUCAAAUUGAACUGUGUGUUUAUAUAUUAUGUUUCUUACGCAACAUCACAUUUGGAUUCAUUUUUUAUUGUGCUCUUUUAUUUUAUAUACCUUAAAACGUGUACUACAUAACAGAAAGACGCGUACAAUAUUACCUGCAGACGCGUACACUAUUACCUAAGACGUGUACAAUAUUACCUAAGACGUGUACAAUAUUACCUAAGACGUGUACAAUAUUACUUACAGACGCGUACCAUAUAAAAAAGACGUGUACAAUGUUAUUUAAAAACGCGUACAAUGUUACAUAAGACGCGUACAUUGUUACCUAAGACGUGUAUAAUAUUACCUAAGACGCGUUCAUGUAGACGUGUACAUUGUUACCUUAAGACGUGUACAAUGUUACCUAAGACGUGUACAAUGUUACCUAAGACGUGUACAAUGUUACCUAAGACGUGUACAAUGUUACCUAAGACGUGUACAAUGUUACCUAAGACGUGUACACUGUUACCUUAAGACGUGUACAAUGUUACCUAGGACGUGUACAAUGUUACCUAAGACGUGUACACUGUUACCUAAGACGUGUACAAUGUUACCUAAGACGUGUACACUGUUACCUUAAGACGUGUACAAUGUUACCUAAGACGUGUACAAUGUUACCUAAGACGUGUACACUGUUACUUUAAGACGUGUACAAUGUUACCUAAGACGUGUACACUGUUACCUUAAGACGUGUACAAUGUUACCUAAGACGUGUACAAUGUUACCUAAGACGUGUACAAUGUUACCUAAGACGUGUACAAUGUUACCUAAGACGUGUACAAUGUUAUUUAAAGACGCGUACAAUGUUACCUUAAGACGUGUACAAUGUUACCUAAGACGUGUACAAUGUUACCUAAAGACGUGUACAAUGUUACCUAAGACGUGUACAAUGUUACCUAAGACGUGUACAAUAUUACCUAAGACGUGUACAAUGUUACCUAAAGACGCGUAAAAUUUUAUCUUAAGACGCGUACAAUAUUACAAAGACGCAUACCCCAAAAACGCGUAAAAUGUACUGAAAGGAAAAGCGACGAAAUGAAUUCAAUAAUGAAUUUAAUGAAUUUAUUACUGUUUACGUAGAUUUAAUAACUAGUCUUCAUCAUAACGUGAUAUUUUAUUUUCGAUAGUAUGUCUUACAUAUCAAUGUAGGGUUAUAUUUAUUCGUACAUUUGAAAUAUAUAUUUGUAUUUUUUGUUACAUUUUUACAUAAUUUUGCUGUUGCUAACAAUGUAGCUUAAUUAAGUAUGCUAUUAUUUUUUAAAACUUAGUUAUAAUGCAAUAAAUAUAUUAUAAAUAUGUUCACAUUGAGUUUAAAAUAAGGAAAUUGUUA